AUGCUUGCGGACAUACUUGGAGAUCUAGAGAAGAAUGCGAAGGACCCCGGAUCAACAGUUUUACAACAACUCAAGUCUCCAAUCAGAAGCUACCGCUGGGAGAUAACGAGACGGCACAAGGAAUUAGAGUCAAAGAAGAAAUUGAUUGGAUUACAGUAUUGGUGGAAUAAGCUCAAAUGGCCGCUCGAGGAUGCAGAAACUUUGCAGAUUUUGCAAGAAAUCGAACGGUUUAAAACCAGCCUGUUACUUGCCAUGAGUAGUGAUCAGAGGUGA